GUUCUCCCCAAACACGUAUAAAACAACAAAUAUGAUGUAUAUGGAAAUUUUUAACAGACUUGUGAUUUUUUCGUACUCACUUGUGAUUUACGCAAUUAUUGAACCAUUUAUUUCGUUUCAAAUUUUAUUUGAACAUUAUUGGUGAAUAUUAUAUAUCACGAUACUUCAAUUUGUGUUUUGAAAUAAAGUGAGCAGUUACACACCUAACUCAUCAUUGACUAUUGUUUGUUCACAAACGAGCAGUUAUCCACCAAUAACGCUACCAAUUCUUCGCUAAUCUCUUCUCAAUUACUUCAUCUUCACAGUUCAUAAUCAGGGAAUGACGAUAAAUGAUCAUGAUGCUGAUAGGGAAGCUUCUAAUUCUACUAUCAUCGAGGGUAAAGUUGAUGCAGCAAAACCAGCAUCUCUUACUUGGAAGAGGAAACUGAACACUGAGGAAAAUCCUCUUUCAUCGUUUGGCUUAAAGAUCAAAGAAGUAAUCCAUUUGGCUCCAAUAGGGUAUCGCUUAUGGCGUUGGAAUCGAGAAGAUGCUUUGAAGGGAGAUGGAAAUGGAACUAUUAUGGACCCUUUCAAGAAACACCAUUAUUCCUCAUGUAAUGGUGUUCCUUUAGGCGGUAUUGGUGCAGGUAGCAUUGGCAGAACAUUUCAAGGUGAAUUUUUGCGUUGGCAACUCUUUCCUAAAAUAUGUGAAGACAAACCAGUAGUAGCAAAUCAGUUUUCUGUGUUUAUCUCACGACCAGAUGGAAAGAAAUAUUCGACUGUCCUCUGCCCACCAAAUCCAGAAGUGCUAAAAGAUAAAUCAGGUAAUGGGAUUGGAUCUUGGGACUGGAAUUUUAGUGGACAUAAUUCAACAUACCAUGCAUUAUACCCAAGGGCUUGGACAGUUUAUGAUGGUGAACCUGAUCCGGACCUAAAAAUAGUUUGCCGUCAGAUUUCGCCAAUUAUCCCCCACAAUUACAAGGAAAGCAGUUUUCCUGUAGCAGUGUUUACUUACACAUUGUCUAACAAAGGAAAGACUGCUGCUGAUGUUACCUUACUGUUCACAUGGGAGAAUUCUGUUGGUGGAGUCUCUGGAUUAUCUGGUCAUCAUUACAAUACAAAAACGAAGGUGAAAGAUGGAAUUCACGGUGUAAACCUUCAUCACAUGACUGCGGAUGGUCAAACCCCAGUAACGUUUGCUAUUGCAGCACAAGAAACAAAUCAUGUUCAUGUUUCAGAGUGCCCAUCCUUUGUAACAUCUGGAGACUUCCAGGGCUUCACAGCUAACGACAUGUGGCGCGAAGUUAAAGAGAAUGGCUCCUUUGACCGCCUUGAUUCCUCUCAACUGCCAAUGGGUUCAAAACCGAAAUCCUCUAUAGGUGCAGCUAUUGCAGCUUCUGUCACCGUACCCCCGGAUGCAGUGCGUACCAUCACUUUCGCACUGUCAUGGGACUGCCCUGAAGUACGGUUUCGGAACAGGACUUAUCAUAGGCGUUACACCAAGUUUUAUGGUUCUCAUGGGGAUGCUGCUGAAAAAAUUGCACAUGAUGCUCUUCUAGAACAUGGUAACUGGGAGGCGCAGAUCGAAUCAUGGCAGCAGCCUAUCCUUGAUGACAAGAGGCUCCCUGAAUGGUACCCAAUCACCCUUUUCAAUGAAUUAUACUAUCUCAACUCAGGGGGGACAAUUUGGACCGAUGGACUGCCACCUGUACACAACAUAUCAAGCAUCACAGGAAAAAAGUUCUCAAUCGAUAGAUCUAAUACAAACUCUCAGAAUAACGGUGAUAUAUCUCACCAACACGACACUGCUGUUAACGUUCUUGAAAGAAUGACUUCAGUACUUGAAGAAAUCCAUAAUCCCACAUCAAAAACCUCAGCGUUUGGUACCAAUUUAUUACAACAAGGAGAAGAAAACAUCUGUCAAUUUCUGUAUUACGAAGGAAUAGAAUAUCACAUGUGUAACACAUAUGAUGUCCAUUUCUAUGCAUCAUUCGCAUUAAUCAUGCUAUUUCCGAAACUCGAACUAAGCCUGCAACGAGACUUUGCAGCUGCAGUACUGAUGCAUGAUCCAAGAGAAAUGGAUCUUUUGGAUGACGGAACACGAGCCCCACGAAAGGCCCUUGGUGCGGUCCCGCAUGAUAUUGGAAUGAUUGAUCCAUGGUUUGAUGUUAACUUCUACAAUAUUUUUAAUACCGAUCGGUGGAAAGAUCUGAACCCGAAAUUCGUUCUCCAAGUUUACCGGGAUGUGGUUGUUACGAAAGACAAAAAUUUCGCACGUGCUGUUUGGCCUUCGGUUUAUAUAGCAAUGGCGUUUAUGGAACAGUUUGAUAAAGAUGGUGAUGGGAUGAUUGAAAAUGAAGGGUUCCCUGAUCAAACGUAUGAUACGUGGUCGGUGACGGGUGUCAGUGCGUAUUCCGGUGGAUUGUGGGUGGCGGCAUUGCAAGCCGCCUCUGCACUGGCAGCGGAAGUCGGUGACAAGGGUUGUGAGGAUUACUUUUGGGUGAAGUUUCAGAAAGCGAAGGCGGUGUAUGAUAAACUAUGGAACGGUUCUUAUUUUAACUAUGAUGACAGUAACGGGAAAGCAAGUUCGUCCAUUCAAGCAGAUCAGUUAGCUGGACAAUGGUAUGCAAGAGCGUGCGGGCUUUUUCCGAUUGUUGAUGAAGAGAAAGCGAGAAGUGCACUGGAAAAGGUUUAUAAAUUCAAUGUAAUGAAAGUGGGAAACGGGAAACGAGGAGCAAUUAAUGGGAUGCUGCCAAGUGGACAAGCUGACAUGUCAUGUAUGCAGUCAAGAGAAAUAUGGACCGGAGUUACUUAUGGUGUUGCUGCGGGUAUGAUUCACGAAGACAUGAUUGAUAUGGCUUUUCAAACUGCAAGUGGAGUUUAUGAGACUGGUUGGUCUGAACAAGGAGGCGGAUACGCUUUCCAAACUCCGGAAGCUUGGGACAUAAAUGGAAGAUACAGAUCUUUGGCCUACAUGCGUCCUUUGGCGAUAUGGGCCAUGCAAUGGGCCUUAACACAACCCAAAACAUCUAAUCAGGAACCGAAGCCGGAUGUAAAGCCCGAGUCUCUCCUUAGGCAACAUGUCGGAUAUACAAGAGUGGCUCGUCUACUGAAGCUGCCGAAGGAGCAUGACUCGAGGAGCAUGUUACAGGUUAUCUUCGACUAUACUUGUAAAAAGAUGACAAUUUGAGGUUUUCUGUGUUCAAGAUUACAUCACAGUUGUUGUUAUUGGUAUAGUAGCUUCAUAUUGAUGACAGGGUCUUAAUAAAACUUCAACUCGUCACUCAUAUUGUUCGCGUGUUCAACUACACUUGAGCACGUAUAUUGUAACCGCUGGUCAAAAGAUUUGGGAGAACCUGCUUUUGCAUGUUCGAGUGUGCAUAUAGCAUAUAUGCAUAUAUACUUGCAACAGUUAUUGUACUUGAAUUAUGCACACACCCAUUAUUGGUUAUUGACUUGUGAUUAAAGCGA